CGGUGAUCGUUCUCCACCGGGAGGUGUUGAGGAAGGGGACUUCCUGUUGGGGACCAUGCGACGAUCCAGUAGAAAGAAACCCAGGCUGCAGCAACAGCAGCAGGAUGAUGGCAGCGAUGACCCCCAAAAGUACAGCAACUUACCAAAUCCCGAUGCUAAUUCCUCCGAAUAUUAUAAUGAUGACAUUGACGAAUUUCACGAGAAGAAACUUAAGAAGCUGCUGGACGAUGGAAAAGCACAAGAACAUUUUAGUGAGGACUCAUUGGAUGAGGAAGAGGUGAUGCCCCUGGAGCUUCCCGAUUCGGAUGAUGAUGAGGAGGAGGAUGAGGAUGAUGAAUGCGAGGAAGAGGUUGACAUGGACAGUGAUCUCGAGGGCAAAAGAGAGGAUGGCCUCCCCAGCGCUUUGUCCUGGGGACAGAGGAAGAAAUCGUACUACCAGACCGACUACGUUGAUGAGAUUCCUCGUGGAAAGAAACAGGCAGAAGCUCUGGCAGAGGUUGAAGAGGAGGAACUCGAAGCCAUAAACAUUCAGAAACGACUGGCUGAGGAUCUGUCAGAGGAUGACUUUGGCCUCGACCUUCUUCAGACAUUUGCCCAAGAACGGGAAGCAGAGAAAGAUUCUGGAAAGGACCUGAAAAUUAAAAAAGAUUUGAAUAAAAUGUCCCAGAAAGAGAAGAUGAAACUGCUGAAGAAAGAGUCACCUGAGCUACUGGAACUCAUGCAGGAUUUCAGGGCAAAGCUUGUGGAAUUGAGGGAUGAGUUGCAGCCACUGAUGGAGACUGUACAGAGUGGCAGGAUCCCAGCAGGAAAGGACGCCCAGUAUGUGCAGACAAAGUACCAUCUGUACCUGAACUACUGCACAAACAUCAGUUUUUACCUGGUAUUGAAGGCAAAACGUAUUCCAGUUCAGAACCAUCCAGUGAUCGAGAGACUACUCACCUACAGAAAUCUAAUCAAUGACCUGCUUGUAGUGGAUACGCAACUUACAUCUGAUAUCCAGCAGCAGUUAAGCCUGACUAAUCAAGAGCUUAAAUCUGUUACUGGUAAAGAUCAAAAUAUCUCCAAACUGAAGAAAAAGCCACCUCAGCUGAGUAAACAACUAAAAACUGAUCAAAGACCAAAAGAAAAGGUCGUGGGCAAAGAUUUGAAAUAUGAUAUGGUUAAUGAAGCAGGCAUCCCGUAUCAUAAAGAAAUGAAGGGGAUUCUAUCCCAGAAGAGAAAAAUAAUGGAAGAGGACAGUAAUGAGAACACUGCUGUGGUACACACGGUGCUUGGUGCAGAAGAAAAAAGAAAGAUCACUUAUCAGAUGGCCAAGAAUAGAGGUCUGACACCCAGGAGGAAGAAGAUUGAUCGUAAUCCUCGUGUCAAGCACAGGGAGAAGUUCAGGCGAGCCAACAUCCGACGGAAGGGUCAGGUGCGUGAGGUCCGGAGAGAGGAACACCGAUACGGUGGUGAGCUGUCGGGUAUCCGGGCUGGAGUUAAGAAGAGCGUCAAGCUUCAUUGAUCUUAUCAUUGAGGAUCAAACAUCUUCAACCUGGAAAUUAAUGGAUCACCUACUCUGCCUCUAAAGUAUUUCGUUUUUUUUAUGAAAUACUUUUUUUACUGUUUGCAAAUUGUUAGUAAAACUGAUGUACCAACUAAUGGACUCGCACAUAAUGUAAUUACAAACUAUUAAAUUAUAUAGUG